AUGAUUUUAUUUUCUAACCCGGUGUUAUCUCUCCUCUCUGGCGUUACAACGGUCCUACUACUUGUUCAACCUCACGCCAAUGGACAAGCAUGCAAUUCUCCAGCGGCGAAGUAUCCGGCUACCUUUGCUGGUGGAUUAUCUGCUAAAGUUCUCAUCAAUGGAUUGAAGAAUCCGAGGAGUUUGAGAUUCGAUACUCUUGGAAAUUUGUUGGUUGUUGAGCAAGGUGGUGCUGGCGUAAGGCAGAUCAAGCUUACUGAUGAUGGAACGAAUGUUUGUGUUGCGAGUAGUAAGCAGAUUAUUGCCGAUAAUACUCUCAAUCAUGGCAUCGAACUCUCAGCAGAUGGCAAAACGCUUUACGUCUCAAGCGUCAAUAACCUGGAUCAAUAUACCUACGACGCCGCUGCAGGCACAGCUACAAACAAGAAGACUUUGGUCAACUCCAUGAAAAAUGGUGGUGGCCAUCUCACACGUACUCUACUCAUCCCGAAAGCGUAUCCGGAUCUCAUCCUUAUGGGACGUGGCUCAGACGGUAACGUCGACCAAGGUGCAAAGCAAACCAGCAGCGGGAGAAGUCAGAUUCGUCUAUUCAAUUUGACUCAAGUGGCUGCUACACCUGUUGCAUAUGCCACUGGCGGUACCCUAUUUGCUUGGGGUCUCAGAAACCCAGUUGGUAUUGGAGAGAAUCCUGUUACAGGAGAGAUUUGGUCAAUCGAUCAAGGCGAGGACGAUAUCAAACGAAGUGGCAAAGACGUUCACAACACUAAUCCUGGCGAGAAACUCAAUUUCCACGGGCUGGUAAGCGACACCAAAGGUCCGCUCUUUGGUGCAAACUAUGGGUACCCAGAAUGUGUCCCCGCAUAUGACACUAGUGUGCUAGGUAUAAGUGGAAUCAAAACUGGUGAGAUGUUUUGGGUGGAGGGAACUACUCAGACUACGACUCAGGAUGCGAAUUGUAAAAGUAGAAUUGCACCAAGAUUGGUGUUUCCAGCGCAUAACAGCCCCAUUGAUAUCAAAUUCAACAAAGACGGCAGCAGAGCUUACGUGACUUGGCACGGAUCAUGGGAUCGAAAUCCACCAGAUGGAUACCGUCUAGACCGUGUAGAAUUUCUCGCCAGUGGCCAACCAAAAGAGCCAUCCACGAGUACUCAAUCAGGACUUCAUGUCAUGAGUAACAACAACAUGGGAAGUUGUCCUGGUAGUUGUUUCCGACCUUCUGGGUUGGCAUUUGAUAGUAAGGAUCGUUUGUUUAUGACUAGUGAUAGUAGUGGUGAGAUUUUUGUUUUGAAGGGGACCUAG